UUUCUUGAUCUACCUGCUCUUUCCUAUACUCCAUUUCAUUUUUCCUUAUUUUUCUACCCUUUUUUCCUUCUCACUUUCCCCCUUUCCUUUCCUGGACAGUUUGCUCUCCUUCCUCCCCCACCUCUCUCUAUAUCUCUAUACAUAUUAGAUUGUAGCAUACAUAGCUAAGUAGUAUUAGAUCAUCAUCGUCAUCACCGGUCAUGGGUGAAUCUUCCGCUUCAUAUAUCCACAUGGUGCAACGCCUGAUAGAGGAGUGCAUCAUCUUCAAUAUGAGCAGAGAAGAAUGCAUGGAAGCCCUCUCCAAACAUGCUGACAUCAAACCAGUCAUCACUUCCACAGUGUGGAAGGAAUUGGAGAAAGAGAACAAGGAGUUCUUCGAGUCCUACGCAAAGAGCAGAGAGGCAAGAGGUCAUGAGAUGGAGACAAGGGAAAAUUUCCAGAACAUACUCUCUGAUUCUUCCGAGAGAGAUACCAGCGAAAGCUAGGUAGCUAGGUAGCUAGGUAGCUAGAUACCAGGGCUGGGUGUGAUAUUUUAUGACGCUCAAGGUUUUUUAGGUAGUACUUGUAGCCUGUAGGUGUAUCAGUCUCACUCAAGCACCCCCAUGGGACUCUGGUUGGGGGGGAGGGAUAAGGAGAGGAGAGAAACAAGGGAAUGAGUGAUUUGAAUGUGGGAAUGAAACGACGUCGUAUUAUUGUUGGAAGUUAUUUUCAUGUAACUCAUGAGUCAGCUAUAGUUGGGAAGCGUGAGGGUUGGGGUGAACAGUGUGGCUGGGGAAGUACGUACACGUGGCCACUCUCCCAGUAGGUACCCUUUGCCUGCCGUCUUAGUCUUGGAGAGGUAUUGUAAAAAUUCAAUAAUCCACUCUCUCUAUGAUUUAUUUAUGUUUGUUGUUUUUGUUUU